AUGUAUCCCGAAGUCCAUUGUACUGGCGAAACAAUAAUUACACAAGGUGAAAAAGGCGACAAUUUCUAUAUUAUUGAUCAAGGAGAAGUCGAUGUAUUUAUUAAUAACGAUUUAGUAACAACAAUAUCAGAAGCGGGAAGUUUUGGUGAAUUAGCUUUGAUCUAUGGAACACCUCGUGCUGCAACAGUCAAUGCUAAAACAGACGUGAAAUUGUGGUCGUUACAUGGUGAUACAUAUCGUCGGAUAUUAAUGGAUAGUACAAUGCGAAAAAGAAAAAUGUACAAAGAAUUUUUAAGCAAAGUAUCAAUUUUAGAAUCAUUAGAUGAUUGGGAACGUUUGACAGUAGCAGAUGCAUUGGAACCAGUUCAGUUCGAAGAUGGUGUUGAGGUAGUUAGACAAGGUGAUAUUGGUGAAGAAUUCUUCAUCAUUGUUGAGGGUAAUGCUAUUGUAUAUCAAAAAACAUCGGAAUCUCCUGACCCAGUUGAAGUAGAUACUCUAGGACAAUCGAAUUAUUUUGGAGAAAUCGCACUUCUAUGUAAUAGACCACGUGUGGCAACUGUGGUAGCGAAAGGACUUUUGAAAUGUGUUAAACUAGAUCGAGCACGAUUUGAACGUGUUUUGGGACCAAUACAAGAUAUUUUAAAACGUCAAAUCCCAAUGUAUAAUUCUGUUAUUCGAUUAGAUCAACUUCGAGCUGCAAGUGCCAAAAAUGAUGCAACUCAUUAA